CGAACGAGGGAAGUUAGAAAAGGGAAUGCCGUCAGACGUUUUAUUUUGGGAUAACACAAAAAUAAAAUAUCGCGGGAUGGUACUGUAGAUGAUGUAAUUAUCAUCUUUUCUAAAGAAGGCAAUAAGAUCCGUGGAAAGGGUCAUGUCAAGGGAGCGUCACGGAAGAAAAUGUUCUCCAGUGAGAGAGCGGAUUCUUGACAGUAGUUCAAACGAUGACUGGGAAACAUUAUUUGAGUCAAGUGCAACUGACAAAGGGAAAACUCAAACCUCUAAAGCAGAUCUUGAUCUUUACAAUUUUGAGGAACCUACAGCGCAGCUGAGUCGUUAUGUCUUGACAAGUCCAAGGUCUUUGGAGGCAUGUGGAAGGUUUGGAAUAAAGCCUGUAGAACUGUUACACAAGUCACUGGAGGAGUUUGUUGAGGAAUUCAGAACUUUGUAUAAUACUGACUACCCACUGCAUGCUGUGCGACAAGUGUUCCAGGAACAUGAACGACAAAGACUUAGAAAAUUAAAGCUUUGCAGAGAGGAAAGGGAAAGGAUAAUUAGGGAGAGAAGUUCAGAGUCUGUCACCAGCAGUCAACAUAGACAUUUCACAUCAAGGUCACUAAGCCCUGGGAUAUUGAUUGCUUUUAUCAGAAAACAAACCAGACAACAGAUGGAGAAAAUCUUAUGAGGAAAAAGGG